CUCCCACGCAUUCUCCUUUCAACUCACACAUUCGCACCUCAUGCGACGCCUGCAAACGGCUGAAGGUAGGGCCGAUGUGGCCUGGCAGAAAGCUGUGGCUAUGGGACACCGGCUCUGACAAUGAUCUCUACAGAUCAAAUGCGAAAAGAACGGUGACAGCUGCGCCCAUUGCCUCAAUCGCGGGAUAACAUGUGCGACGACAUUGGCUGAGCGCAAGAAGAGGCAGCCGACAAGAUCCGCCUCCCUCCUCGACAUUGAGAGCCGUAUCAAGCGGAUGGAGUCGGUCAUCACUGCCUCUGGCUUGGACACUCAGAGCAACUCGGUUGCAGCGUCUUCACCAGUGGCGUCCGAAUCCCCUCUCGCAAGUCCUACGAAAUUGAUUGAUCGAUUGUCAACCCUUAUGAUCAGUGGGGAAGGGAAGACCCGAUAUUUCGGUGGCGCGUCCGGAUUGACUCUCUUUUCACCACAGGGCCUUGAUUGGAUCGCUGAAAAAACGGGCUCCGAUGAAUUAUCACGAUUUAUACAUACUCUCGCAACCGAUGUACAUACUCCUCCCGAGAAGACCGCCACCGAACUCUAUCGUCCGCUUUUCGCGUCUGAGAGAGAACCCUAUCCGCCUAAACAUAUUGCGGACCGCUACGUUGAUUAUUUCUUCGCGUCAUAUAACAAUCUUUCUCCAUUGUACGACAAGGCCGCUUUCGACCGGAGCUACGAACUUCAGUACUCCGGAGAUCCGCCGAAGGGACUUGCUUGGUAUGCUUCGCUGAAUAUCGUUCUCUGUCUUGGUUGUCUGCUCCUCCAGGUGCGCGAUAAGAACAAUACGUCAGACAAUCCAGAGCGUAAAGUCUGGAAAAAGUACCUCCGCAAUGCUAGUGGUUGCUUGCUCGAUUUAAUAUUCGAAGAAGGUAGCCUAGAGGCGGUACAGGCUUUAGUUGGAAUGGCUGUUGUGCAUCAGGUACAUCUAGAACCGCAGGCCGUCCAUAUCCUAGUGGCAGCGGCCGGGCGUUUGUCCUACGGAAUCGGUCUCCAUCGGGAUCUAAAAGACCGGGGCAUUAGCGAAGCUGAAGUCAUCCAAAGAAGAAAUGUAUUUUGGGUUGUCUACACUAUGGACAAGACCGUUGCUUUGCGCCUGGGGCACCCUUCUGUGAUGAAUGAUGAUGAUAUCGGUAUUGACCUGCCGCUUCAGCAGUGCCCACAUAAAGUACAGGCAGAUGGGACAACUACUAGGGUGGACAUGUUUCGAUAUCGUGUGCAACUAGCACGCCUUGAGAGUCGUGUCUAUUCAAAGCUCUAUUCAGCUCGAGGCCAAACUAGAUCGCCCUUGGAGCGGCUCAGACUAGUUGGUGAAUUGGACAAGACGCUUAUAGAAUGGAAAGAAAAACUACCAGUGGAGAUCCAGCCAGAACAGCCCAUGCAAUGUCCGGCAGACUUGGUCUUGCCAACCAUUCUGAUGCACUUUGCAUACUUCAACUGUCUCACGAUCAUUCAUCGCGUUUCUAUACACCAUGGCUCUUGGACCAGCACCCAUUAUGGCCGACAUGAAAGUACCCUACAAGAUGACCGACACCUCAAUCCCCGGGUGUAUGCAAGUGAAGCAAUUUGUCUAGCCGCCGCAAGACAGUCUAUUAAGCUUCUGAAGUCAGUCGACUUUGAAACUCGAGCGGUUGAUAAAAGCAGUCUCUGGAUGCUUCUCUACUACCCUCUUUCCAACCUUUUGACUCUCUUCGCCAAUACGCUUCAGAAUCCCGCGGAUCCAGAGGCCCCCUCAGAUCUAAAGCUCAUGGACAUUGUCAUUUCCUUACUUUCGGAACCCGCUUUCCAUGUCAACGUACCUACGGCUAACGCGGCUCGGCUAUUCGUAGAAUUGGGAAAUAUUACGAGGAAACUAGUCGAAAAGACUAACUGUAAUAUUGCAAAGCCGGCAAAACGUGCUCGAGAUGAAUAUGGCCAUAAACGAGACCAAUCUCAGACCGCAGAGCAAGAGCCUUGUGUGCCGGAGGCCUUAUCAGGAUUGGAGAACUCUGGAAACCAAAGUGGCUCCAUGUUACACUCUGCCAGUGUCAUCAACAAUGGCGACAAUUCAACAACUUCAUCCCUCGAAGCCCAUGCUUUGGGAGACAACAUCCAGCAUCACACCAGCAAUAUGCCACGUCCUUUGUACCCAUCUGGCACAAUCGACGACGAUCUAUUCACCAUGUCCAACACACCCAUGUUUUUCGAUAAUGCAAUGCCACCGUUAGAUGCUACUUCGUUCACGCCAUUGAUGUCAGAAUACUUCGAGUGGGAUCUGGCCAACUUGUGGAAUUUUGAGCAGGGGAUCUAACAGACAAUGACGAUGAGACGGCUAUAAUGACGUCUUUGGUGAGGAAUAGUUUAUGUAUGGGUGAGCAAGUAUUACGAACCUCCCAGAAAGCUUAAAAUAUGCCAAGGCUGGCCCAAUGAAGACAAAACGAGUUGACAAUGAACUUGACCCCAACAUUGAAUGGGUACCAUGUACAGAAACACAAAACUUUCUCAAUAUGAGGAGAAGGAAAAAGGUCAUACAACACUUAUGUGCGUUUUACAGCUCGAUAAAGUGUAGCCCUAUAACAUCACAUUGCCAUCUCUUAUGAACAAGGCAAAUGGGACGAUAUUGCAGAUAUUUGAAAACCCCAAGAAGAUGAAUAUAUACUUCUCGUCCAUCUCGCCCAGCAGCUUCGGCACAUCCGUCUCACACUCCCGCCACUCCUUCGUGACCACA